AUGUCAUUAUUGCGAAAUCGUGCCAAUAUCCAACCGCGAGAUGAUGUGAAUUCAGACAAUGAGAGAACUCCCGGCGAAGGCGACAAAAAGGUCUUGUACCAAACACCAGGAAUAGCCCUCCGUUCCCAGCAAUUAGUUGGCCAAAAAAUUCCAAGCCCAAGACUCACUCAAGAUCGAAGAAAUCUGGCACGAGAUGCAUUGGCGGCGGUGCGAGGCGCUGGCGAUAAAUUGAGGGUGAUUGGACUUCUUAGUGGUUUAGCCAGUACUCCCGUCACAGACGAGAUUCCUGCAAGCGCAGCAUCUCAACAAGUGGGCAGACCCGAUGGCCUUCCUCCCGUGGCGGGCUUGGCAGCAGCCAACGUUCCAACCGCGAGCAACCAAGAGCCGGUCAGGAGAACAAAACGGUUCGGAAAAGCUCAAUCACGAUCUACUAAUUUAGCCAAUGAUAUCAAGAACUUUAUGCCAAUUCAACUUGAAUUCACACCACACCUGGAGAGCGAUCGCAGUAACGAAUGGUUUCAGAAUGCAUAUGCCGUUUUAUUUGAACGAAUCGUUGCGCUUGCUAGAGAACAUUUCGGAUUUCAAGAGCUGCAAAGUGAAUUUCAUGAACCAUGGGCCGUUGAGAUGCCAGAUGAGUUCCUAAGAUAUUGUGAACUGGUUGCUGAGCCUGACCCCGCUGUUGGAGGAUGGGAUGAGCUUUUGAUAAAUACGGAAUCAAGGAGGUUUCUCAUUGUUGGUAUUAUAGUGAAGAUCCUGGAGGUAAAAGUGUUUGCGCCGUCUUUAUGGGGUAAUAAUGAAGAGGGGGAAGAACUUCUACAUGGCUUAGAUCGUGCACUUCUCGAUGGUGAAGGUUACGCCCGUCAGGCACUUCGCUCCAGAUCAAUCCGUACUCUCCUGGGUGGAGCAUCCGUAACACCCAACUUUCAUUCAGAUUGCACGACCCUCACAGCGCAAAUGAUACUUCUCCUUGGUCCUCUUUUCAACUACCUCACCAUUCUUCCCGCCCGCCCCAACACCAUCACUCCCGCUCCUGCAGCCUUCUAUCAAGGCCUCCACAACAUAGUUUCAAGUGCUGCUUACCUGUCCAUCUGCGUCCGUAUUUCCCCAACCAUAAUCCACAUCGCACAUCUCGUCCCCGGCACCCCCUACAGCACCGACGAAGACACCUCCAUUCUGCAAUCGUCCUGGACUCUCUCCAAAACAAUUGUUCAACAUGACUGGAAUACAAGACAUGCAUUAAUGGAAGUUGAGCGGGCUAAUGCCGAAGGCUAUAAACUGGGCUAUGAAACUAUCGGUCGUCAAAAUUCAAGAGCUGGAAGACAGGCUACUCGGAAUUUUGAAGCGAUCGAACAGCAAUUCGCAGCCCAUAAACCGCCCGGGUAUACACAUCGGGCGAGCGUGAAGAUUGCAGUGUGGCCUGUGAUACGGAGAUACUGGGCGGGCAAUGGGAAACCCGGGGGCGAGAUGGAUGGACAGAGUGUCUAUGUUGUUACGAAUGCUGGAGCAGUGUUUUAUUACAAAGAGACAGAUAAAGAAGUCACUUCGCUUUUCGACUUCGUGGCACAGAAAAAGAGGGUGUAUAAUGUUAAAUUUCGAAGGGCUAGGGAUCUUCUGUCGGUUUUGGCAUUAUUGUCUCUAGGCGUGUUUCUUUCUCUCGUGUUUACGAUUGGAUGGACAGAAUUGGUAGAGUGGGUGGGGAGGAUCGUAACGAGGGCCAUUGAGUGUCUACAGGAUUGGAUGUCGAGAAUAACAGGGACGGCACAUAGGGCGUACGAGUAUUCGGGGGCGCAUGGCGCAGAGUGGGCGUACGAUAAGGCUUCCUCUAAGGCCGAGUACGUGUAUUGCAAGGCUUCCUCUCGGGUCCAAGGCGCAUAUGAUAAAGCCGCCUCCAAGUAUUCGAGUUACGAGGAUAGAUUUGGCUAUGGGAGAGGAGAGUAG